AUGGCCAACGCACAGACAUGGGACGCCGCUGAGUUUCCCUGCACACUACAACUCAACAUCCCCUUCCCCUCGCACCACUACGCCUCAACCGCCUCACGCGCACUCUCCGUCGACGCCGAACUCUCGCCGCUCGUACGCCGCUCCUUCAGCCUCGCCGGCGACAAAGAGCAGAAUAUCCUCGUCGUCAACUACGCUGCGACGACAAACCGCAUGCUGCGCGUAGCGGUGAAUGGGUUCUUCGAGAGCAUGGGUGUGGUGGUUGGGGUCAUGAAGGAUUUGGAUGUUGAUGUGGUGUAUGAGCCGGCUGGGGAGAGUUUGGACGGCGUGCAGGGGUUGGUGGUU